CCGCCCCGCCGGCCCCCGUAGCGGCUGCUCGGCCGCUGCCAUGGAGCCCACCGGCCUGGAGCGGAUCCUGCGGGAGUUGCUGCAGCCGGACACCGGGCGCAUCCGCCGGGCCACCGAGCAGCUCCAGGUCGCGCUUCGGGACCCGGCCGCCCUGUCCGCGCUCUGCGACCUGCUGGUGUCGGCGGCCGACCCGCAGAUCCGCCAAUUCGCCGCCGUGCUGACCCGCAGACGCAUUAGCACCCGCUGGCGACGCCUCCCUGCCGAGCAUCGGGACAGCCUCAAGGCCCUGGUCCUCAUGGCCCUCCAGAAAGAGACCGAACACUCUGUGAGCCUUAGUCUGGCCCAACUCUCAGCAUCCAUCUUCCGGAAGGAAGGCCUGGAGGCCUGGCCUCAGCUCAUGCAGCUUCUUCAGCGCAGCACACAUAGCACCCACACAAUGGAGCGAGAGGUAGGGCUUUUGCUGCUCAGUGUAUUGGUGUCAUCUCGGCCCGAGUCUUUCCAACCCCACCACCGGGAGCUGCUUCGGCUUCUGAAUGAGACCCUCAAUGAAGUGGGCUGUCCCGGGAUCCUCUUCUACUCCCUGCGCACCCUGACCACCGUUGCCCCUUAUCUGGGCACCAGUGAUGUGCCUCUCGCGCGAACGCUGGUGCCCAAGCUCAUCACGGCCAUUCAGGCUCUGAUUCCUGUAGAUGAGGCGAAGGCCUGUGAGGCUGUAGAGGCCCUGGAUGAAUUGCUUGAGUCAGAGGUGCCCAUCAUUACCUCUCACCUCUCAGAGGUGCUCACAUUCUGCCUGGAGGUGGCGAAAAAUGUUGCCUUGGGCGAUGCCAUCCGUGUGCGGAUCCUUUGCUGCCUUGCUUUUUUAGUAAAAGUUAAGAGCAAGGCCUUGUUGAAGAACCGUCUCUUGCCACCCUUACUGCAUACCCUCUUCCCCAUUAUGGCUGCUGAGCCCCCUCUGGGCCAGCUGGAUCCCGAGGACCAGGAAUCAGAGGAGGAAGAGCUGGAGAUUGGAAUGUUAGGAGAGACGCCCAAGCACUUUGCUGUGCAGGUUGUUGAUAUGCUGGCACUGCAUCUGCCCCCUGAGAAGCUCUGUCCCCUGCUAAUGCCCAUGCUAGAAGAGGCCUUGCGGAAUGCAAAUCCAUACCAGCGCAAGGCUGGCCUCCUGGUACUGGCUGUGCUAUCCGAUGGAGCCGGUGACCACAUCAGGCAGAGACUGCUGCCUUCAGUGCUGCAGAUUGUGUGCAAGGGCCUGGAUGACCCGUCACAGGUGGUGCGCAAUGCCGCACUAUUCACCCUGGGCCAAUUCUCGGAGAAUCUGCAGCCUCAUAUCAGCAGCUACUCAGGGGAGGUGAUGCCUCUGCUUCUUGCAUACCUGAGAUCAGUGCCUUUCGGGCACACAAACCACCUGGCCAAGGCCUGCUAUGCUCUGGAGAAUUUUGUAGAGAACCUCGGGACAAAAGUGAAGCCCUACCUGCCUGAACUGAUGCAGUGCAUGCUGCAGCCACUACAGACCACCAGCAGUCCUCGCGCCAAGGAGCUGGCCGUGAGCGCUCUGGGGGCCAUCGCCACAGCAGCCCAGGCCUCGCUGCUGCCCUACUUUCCCACCAUCAUGGAGCACUUGCGGGAGUUCCUGGUCACAGGCCAUGAGGAUUUGCGACCUGUACAGAUCCAAAGCCUGGAGACACUAGGGGUGCUGGUACGAGCCUUGGGGGAGCCCAUGAGGCCCCUGGCUGAGGAGUGCUGCCAACUGGGACUUGGCCUCUGUGACCAGGUGGACGACCCUGACCUGCGCCGUUGCACGUACAGCUUGUUCGCAGCCUUGUCUGGGUUGAUGGGCGAGAGCCUGGCACCCUACCUGCCGCAGAUCACCACUCUCAUGCUGCUGUCACUGCAGUCCACCGAAGGAAUUGUGGCCCAGUCUGAUGGCACCAGUUCCUUUCUGCUGUUUGAUGAUAAUGAGAGUGAAGGGGAGGAAGAGGAGGAGCUCAUGGAGGAGGAUGAGGAAGAGGAGGACUCCGAGAUCUCAGGGUACAGCGUGGAGAACUCCUUUUUCGAUGAGAAGGAGGACACCUGCAUUGCCCUGGGGGAGAUCUCAGUGAACAGCAGUGUGGCCUUCCUGCCCUACAUGGAGAGGGUCUUUGAGGAAGUGUUCAAACUGCUAGAGUGCCCUCAUGUGAACGUGCGCAAGGCAGCUCAUGAGGCCCUGGGGCAGUUCUGCUGUGCACUGUACAAGACCUGCCAGAGCUGCCCCUCAGAACCCAACAAGGCUGCUCUGCAGGCCUCCCUGGCCCGCGUGCUGCCCUCUUACAUCCAGGCAGUGAGUGGGGAGCGGGAACGCCCAGUGGUGAUGACGGUGCUGGAAGCACUGACGGGGGUGCUGCGGACCUGUGGGACCCUCGCACUGCAGCCCCCUGGGCGCCUCAUAGAUCUGUGCAAUGUGCUCAAGGCCGUGCUGCAGCACAAGACAGCCUGCCAGGACGUGGAGGAGGGGGAGGAGGAAGAAGAGCAGGCCGAGUACGAUGCCAUGUUGCUAGAGCAUGCCGGGGAGGCCCUACCUGCCCUGGCUGCUGCUGCUGGGGGAGACACCUUCGCCCCCUUCUUUGCUGGCUUCCUGCCAUUGCUACUCUGUAAGACGAAGCAGGGCUGCACCGUGGCCGAGAAAUCCUUUGCAGUGGGGACCCUGGCCGAAUCUAUUCAGGGACUAGGCACUGCUUCAGCCCAGUUUGUGUCCCGGCUGCUCCCUGUACUGCUGAGCACUUCCCGGGAGGCUGACCCUGAGGUGCGCAGCAAUGCCAUCUUUGGGCUAGGUGUGCUGGCGGAGCAUGGAGGCCGGCCAGCCCAGGAACACUUCCCCAAGCUGCUGGGGCUCUUGCUGCCCCUCCUGGCAAGGGAGCGCCAUAACCGUGUCCGUGACAAUAUCUGUGGGGCCCUUGCACGCCUGCUCAUGGCCAGUCCCAGCAGGAAACCUGAGCCCCAGGUGCUGGCUGCCCUGCUCCACGCACUGCCACUGAAGGAGGAUCUGGAAGAGUGGGUCACCAUGGGCCAUCUCUUCAGCUUCCUGUACCAGAACAGCCCUGACCUGGUGGUGGAUGUGGCUCCUGAGCUGCUGCGCAUCUGCAGUCUCAUUCUGCCUGACGACAAAAUCCCAGGAGACACCACCACUGCCAUGCUGCUGCUCCUGACUUUCUUGGCCAAACAUCACAGUGACAACUUCCACUCUGCACUGGGCUCGCUUCCUGGAGACAAGGCCCGAGAGCUCCAGGCUGCCUUGGGCCUGCCCUAAGACUGCACUACAGCUGAGCAAGAGAACAGAACCCAUCGGGACCCCAGAUACCUCUGGCCAGUUCCAGCUCAUGCCUUACCAAAGAUCCUGGGUCUCACCCCUACUUGCUGCCUUACGGGGGUAUCCCUGGGACUUUCUCCGUGCUGUUGUGGGACAAUGCAGAUGGACAUCACACUGUAAUAAAGGCAGUUGUUUU